AUGCCACUUUGCGUCUGCGUCUGCCUCUGCGUCUGCAUCUGCAUCUGCAUCUGGGUAUUUACAUGCAUAUCUGUAGUGCAUAUAAUCUGCCGGUUAUUUAUUGUGAUCGAUCCAGUGAUUUUGAGUAGCCGGUUCAACACUGUAAACGUACCUGACUGUAUAUGGUCAUGUCCCGAGCCAAAGGCUUGUUACACAAGCAGAAAAAAGAGAAAAUCAAGUGAAUAUAGCAAGAUUUCAAAAAUUUCAAAAAAAAACAACUCGCAUAUGUUGUCAUUUUACAUCCUCUGCAAAUAUAAUCUUGUGAUUUACAGUCAGAGUUGGUCAGUCCAGACAGUCCAGACAGUUCAAUUCAGUGAAGUUCAGUCUAGUCUAGUCAGUCACUUAAUCAAUCAAUCGAUCAAUCAAUUGAUCAGUUAA